CACUCUGCCCACCCCUAAACAGCAGCAGCACCACCACCUCGUCAAGGCCGACUGUCUCAGCUCUUCCCCUCUUUGGCCUCAAGCCUUCAUCAAGACCCUCACCAUGUCCAUUCUCAAGAUCCAUGCCCGGGAGAUUUUCGACUCACGGGGGAACCCCACCGUGGAGGUCGAUCUGUACACUGGCAAAGGUCUCUUCAGAGCUGCUGUGCCCAGCGGUGCUUCCACUGGCAUCUAUGAGGCCCUGGAGCUCCGGGACAAUGACAAGACUUGCUAUAUGGGGAAAGGUGUCUCAAAAGCUGUUGAGCACGUCAAUAAAACUAUUGCACCCGCCCUGGUUAGCAAGAAGGUGAAUGUGGUGGAGCAGGAGAAGAUUGACAAACUGAUGCUGGAGAUGGAUGGUUCUGAGAACAAAUCCAAAUUUGGUGCGAAUGCCAUCUUGGGGGUGUCCCUGGCUGUCUGCAAGGCCGGAGCUGCAGAGAAGGGCGUCCCUCUGUAUCGUCACAUCGCUGACCUGGCUGGAAACCCAAACGUCAUCCUGCCCGUUCCUGCUUUCAACGUGAUCAACGGUGGAUCCCAUGCCGGCAACAAGCUGGCCAUGCAAGAGUUCAUGAUCCUCCCGAUCGGAGCUGAGAGUUUCAAGGAGGCUAUGCGCAUUGGGGCCGAGGUGUAUCACAACUUGAAGAAUGUCAUCAAGGAAAAAUACGGGAAGGAUGCCACCAAUGUGGGCGAUGAGGGUGGCUUUGCCCCCAACAUCCUGGAGAACAAAGAAGCUCUGGAACUGCUGAAAAAUGCCAUCGGUAAGGCCGGCUACACGGAUAAGAUCGUGAUUGGCAUGGAUGUGGCUGCCUCUGAGUUCUACCGGGAUGGGAAGUAUGAUCUGGAUUUCAAGUCUCCCGAUGACCCCAGCAGGUACAUCUCUCCCGACCAGCUAGGAGACCUGUACAAGACCUUCAUUAAGAACUACCCAGUGGUGUCAAUUGAAGAUCCAUUCGACCAGGACGACUGGGCAGCUUGGAAGAAGUUCACCGCCACUGCGGGUAUCCAGGUGGUGGGGGAUGACCUGACUGUGACCAACCCCAAGCGCAUCGCUAAGGCUGUGGAUGACAAGUCCUGCAACUGCCUGCUGCUCAAAGUGAAUCAGAUUGGCUCCGUGACGGAGUCCCUGCAGGCGUGCAAACUGGCUCAGAGCAAUGGGUGGGGCGUGAUGGUUUCUCAUCGUUCUGGGGAGACCGAAGACACCUUUAUUGCUGACCUGGUGGUGGGUCUCUGCACUGGACAGAUUAAGACUGGUGCGCCCUGCAGAUCUGAGCGCUUGGCCAAGUACAACCAGCUUCUCAGAAUUGAGGAAGAGCUGGGCAGCAAGGCUGUCUUCGCCGGCCGGAACUUCAGAAACCCUCUGGCCAAGUAAAGCUGGAGGGCCCUGAGCCCGUUCAAGCACUAGUCAGCUGAUUAGACCUCCCGCUCCCGUACUAGAAAGAAAGGCAGCUCAAGGCACCAGACCAGUUUUUCACAAGAGCCUCUCCUAGUUUAAUCCCCCUCUCUCACCUCAUCCUCCCUGGGACGUUCACUGCUUCAGUAGGAACCGCCUGAUGCCCAGAACCAACCCCAUGGAAGACCUCGCUUUGUGAUCUUGUUAUGAGUGGGCCAGAAUACGGUUUUCCUUGUCCACUUACCCGUGUGUGUGUAUGUGGAACUGUGUAUACUUGUGAUGCAGCUCCCAAGGUGCCUGCAGGCCAGAUCUUUAGUGGUUUUUACGUGCAAAAUAAAAGCAUCGGAUAACCCGC